UGGGAACGAAAGUUGACGCUCGGCUCGGAACCACGGAUCCCACGGCCCAACCACCAGGAGUUGCGAUUUAGAACACGACCCGACUUACAACGGGGGCGGAGUCAUCUAUUCAGAGUCGUCCGAUAAAACAAAGGACCACCGCCAUCACCACCGCCGGCCCACGCCACCGCCACCUCUGUCGGUGCUCUCCUCCUCCUUCUUCUCCCUCCCCCCUCAGCUUCUGUUCAAAACCUCCAACACAUCCCUUCUAUACUUGCAGAAUCAUCAAGAUUUUCCCCGUCCUCGCUCCUCGUGAUCAGAUCUGGGCCAGGAAGAAGGGGAGGAGCGAGGAUGUCUUUGAACAUGAAGACACUGACGCAGGCUCUGGCCAAGGCUGGCGCCGUGAUCGAGAAGACUGUCCAUACCACUGUGCAAGAGGUGACCGGACCGCGGCCGCUGCAGGACUAUGAUCUCCUCGACCAGGUCGGCUCCGGCGGCCCCGGCCUCGUUUGGCGCCUCUUCUCCGGCCGCCCGCGCGCGUCCGCCCCCUCUGCUCCUUAUCCGCUCGUCACCGUCUGGCUCCUCGACAAGCGAGCCCUAUCCGAGACUCGCUCCCGCGCGGGCCUCUCCAAGGCUGCCGAGGAUGCCUUCCUCGACCUCAUCCGGGCCGAUGCCGCCCGCCUCGUGCGAAUCCGCCACCCUGGCGUCCUUCACGUCGUCCAGGCCCUCGACGAGAGUAAGAACGCGAUCGCCAUGGUCACUGAGCCGAUCUUCGCUUCAGUCGCCAACGCCCUCGGCCAGCUAGACAACAUUUCCCGCGUCCCUAAGGAGCUCAACGGCAUGGAAAUGGGGCUUUUAGAGGUCAAACAUGGAAUGCUUCAGAUUGCAGAAACCUUGGAGUUCCUCCACACCCAAGCACGCCUUGUUCAUCGAGCUAUAUCUCCAGAGGGGCUAACAUUUUUAUUGUGA